AUGCGGCGAGGAACGGCCAGGUUUGCAAAAACUCUGAAGGAGGCCUCUGGGGUCGGCUGUGGAGGAGAGCAGUCGCGGUGUCUGGCUGCCCUGCUUGUAGAGCGUGGAGAGAAGGAAGACGACUUCUCUGACGACUUCUCUGACGACUUCUCUGACGACUUCUCUGACGACUUCUCUGACGACUUCUCUGACGACUUCUCUGACGACUUCUCUGACGACUUCUCUGACGACUUCUCUGACGACUUCUCUGACGACUUCCCCGACGACUUCUCUGACGACUUCCCCGACGACUUCCCCGACGACUUCCCCGACGACUUCCCCGACGACUUCCCCGACGACUUCCCCGACGACUUCCCCGACGACUUCCCCGACGACUUCCCCGACGAUGUCACAGAAGAAGAAACACGUGGUCCAAUUCUCCUAGAGACACCCUACUUCAGAGAGCUGCAUCAAACUUACCAUCAGACUGAAGAAGAAGAAGAAGAAGAAGAAGAAGAAGACAGACUUCAUGGUGGAAGGACGGCACGAUGA